UGGGGCGACAACUCCUACGGCGUCAGCUACGUCACGGGUCCCUCGCCGACGGGGCCGUUCACCUCCACCCCUACCAAGAUCCUGCAGGGCAACGACAAGAUCGGCACGGGUACCGGCCAUCACAGUGUGUUGACGAUCGGCGAGGAGUACUAUAUCGUCUAUCAUCGACGGUAUCCCAACGAUACGGCGCGGGAUCAUCGCGUCGUGUGUAUCGAUCGUAUGGAGUUCGAUGCGCAGGGGAACAUCCUGCCGGUGAAUAUUACGCUGGAGGGGGUCGAGGCUAGGCCUUUGUGA